AUGGCCGCUCUGCUGCGUCGUGGCCGCGGCCUCCUCAGGGGAGCCGCCGCACCGUCGGCGGCGCGGCUGACCUCCACGAGCACGGUGCAGCCCACGCUGAAGGCCAUGCCGGGGGUCCUCGCGGGCACGCCCAGCACGAGGAGCCCCCACGCGGUCGUGGACUGCGCGGCGAUCAACGGCGGGAAGCAGCUCAUCGUCGAAUUCGCGGACAACACGCGUUACGAGAUGCACGCCUCCUGGCUCAAGGACUCCAACCCGGCCCGCGCGGGCGCGGACUACUACCGCACCUGCGCGGAGGACGUGUGGAGCGUGCGGAAGUACAGCAUCUCCGGCGCGGAGCCCCAGGGCGGCGGCGAGCAGCUCUCCGUCGCCUACGAGCACGCCGAGGCGGGCCCCGCCGAGCCCGAGGUCUUCAGCGCGCGGUGGCUCCACGCCAUGGCGCCCUUCGUCGGCCGGGCCCUGCACCCCGAGGCACCCCGCGUGCCGGCCGUGCGGGAGACCGGCAGCCUCAUGGACCACCUGAUGGACAGCCGCAAGCCUUGGGACGCCCAGGUCGACAUGCCCAAGUUCGACUCCAAGUUGCUCGAGACAGACAUUGAUGCGCAGGUGGAGUUCUACGAGUGCAUGAUCAAGACGGGCGUCGCCAUGAUCACUGGGAUUGGCAAGCCAGACAGCCUGGAGUUCGAACUCGGCGGCUUGCCGAUGGAGAACCACGUUCGGAAGAUCCUUGGCAAGUGCAACCAGCAUCCCGUGCGGACCACCAGGUACUCUUACAUCCGGAAGACGGAGAAGCCCCAGUCGGGGGACUACGACCACUCCAACCCGCUGUGCAUGCACACCGACCACACCGUGUACCACGGCACCCCAGGCUUCCUCCAGUUCCUGUACCAGGCGGAGGGCGACGUGCGCAGUAAGGUGUGCGACGGCCUCGCCAUUGCCGAGUACGUGAAGGAGCACCACCCAGAGGCCUACGAGCUGCUGACCAAGGUCCACAUCACGCACAGCUCCCGCAACAACCUGUACACCAGGGAGGGCCAGCCGAUCGACCCCACCGACCCGAACAGCAAGGGCGACGCCUUCGAGCUGGUCCACACGCACCCGAUCCUCGGCUUCGACGAGAAGGGGCGCCUGGACAAGGUGGUCCAGUCCGAGACCAAGCGCGGCGUCUGCGCGCUGCCGUACGCGAUGUACGAGCCCUUCAUGGAGGCCUACGUGCUCUGGUCCCAGCUCGUCGAGGACCCGCGCUUCGUCCACCACUUCGACUGGCCAGAGGGGACCAUGGUCGUGACCAACAACUGGCGCGUCCUCCACGGCCGCGCCGCCGUCCCUCCGGGCAUGUCGCGCGCCGUGGCCAUCGGGUACGUCAACCGGAACACGGUGGAGAACCGCUACCGGCUGCUCCGGCAGUACCAGGCCGAGCGGGCCGACCCGUCGCUGGACCACAGGUGGCUGACGCGGGUGCCCAACCAGGCCCUGGAGAGGAUGGUGCUGUGA